AUGGGGAACGGUAACCCAGAGUUCGGUUACCGCGCCGUGAACCAGUGCACACAUAUCAAGCCAUGGAAUUUAAUGCUGGCUGGCUGUGGCAAUCGGGUGAAGCUGGUGGCCUUUGGAUUGGCCUGUUUCUCGUGGGACACGGACGCUGCCAAGUCCAACGUGGGCAGCGUCGGAUAUCUCCCCCCAGAGAUGUUGCCCCAGGGCUCGCCGGCGCUGACGACCAAGGCCGAUUGCUACUGCGCAGGGGCACUCCUGUACACGUGCCUGGCAGGCCAUGGGCCUUUCCACAGUCCCAGCCAGAAGGAGACCCUGGCACAGAACGCUCUCAGCUCUAUAUGUCAGGAGGGCAUGGCCAGGCUUCCGACACCUGUGCGGGAGUUGGUUCUCCAGCUGCUGCCCACCAAGCCGGAGGAACGCCCGACGGCGCGACAGUGCUUGCAGCACCCAUGGCUCGCCUGCGCCGCGAAGGAGGCGCCUGCGCCCGCCGCCGCGCUGGCCCUCCCCUGCCUCACGCGCCCCGCGCCCGCCCCGGGCAGUCGCCUCUCGGAAGCCCGCCGCGCGGACGCGCCGGCCCGCACGGACACCCGCGGGGCGCACUCCUCGAGCCACACGGGGGCUCCGCCGACUCCUCCUCGCGGGCGCCCUCGCCCUCCGGGCGCCUAG